AUGCCAAGUAUUGAAGUUGAUCUAUGUUUGUUUGAUUUGGAUGGUACUAUUGUUAGUACCACAUAUGCCGCUGAAGCAGUAUGGAGGAAAUUCUGUUCUAAGUACAAUGUGGAUCCAGAAGAAUUAUUCAAGGUUUCUCAUGGUAGUCGAACCUCUGAAAUGAUGGCUAGAUUUUUCCCAAAUGUAGACAAUACUGAUAAUAAAGCUGUCAAGGAAUUGGAAAUCUCAAUUGCCCGUAACUACUUGGAUUUAGUCACUUUAAUCCCAGGUGCUAAGGAUCUUUUGCUUUCACUCGAUAUCAAUACCACUACAAAGGAAAAACUCCCAGAAAGAAAAUGGGCAAUUGUUACAUCUGGUUCAGCUGAUUUGGCAUUUUCUUGGUUCUCAACUAUUUUGAAAGAAGUUGGUAAACCAGAUGUCUUUAUUACUGCUUUUGACGUUAGCCGUGGUAAACCUGAUCCAGAAGGUUACAAUAAAGCUCAAACUGAUUUGACUAAAAUCUUGGGAAUGGACCCUAAAUCUGUUAGAUCUGUGGUAUUCGAAGAUGCACCAGUAGGUAUCAAAGCUGGUAACGCCAUGGGUGCCUUAACUAUUGGUAUUACAUCAUCGUAUGAUAAGAAAGUAUUAUUCGAUGCCGGCGCUGAUUUUGUUGUAUCAGAUUUAACUGAAGUUGUCGUGGCUAAAAAUACUAAAGAGGGUAUUACCAUUGAGAUUAAAAACCCAUUAUCCAAGGAUUAG